ACUAGGACCCUGCAUGGUGUGUAAUUUUCAGGCCAUACCUGUAUUACAUAUUGUGGUGAUUCAGAUUUGGAUUUACUUGGUACCUAUAGUGUCUAUUCGGAAAGUACUUACCUGAACUUCAGAUUAAAGGGUACGACAGGAUCUUAACUUUAUACAUCACUUGUGACCGCUCGGCCGUGUCAAAUCGGCAACAUUUCACCGGAGGAAAUAUAGAUUUGUGGAUUCAAAGGAAAUUAUACAUUUCACUACUCAAGAUUGCGGACUGACUGGAGGACGACCUGUAGUGUUAUACCAGUGGAUUAUAACCAGAAUGUGUUCCACUAGGAUGUGAUUGAAUGUUUAUACUGGACAGUCCCUGGACAUUUACAUGCAGUGGAUGGUGGUCCAGGCCGUGCUCCAUCUGUAUAGUGUGGAGGGUGAGGUGCUAGCCAGUAGAGGGCGCCUUGAUUGGUUUCCAGGGACCUCCUCACACCAAUAGGAAUAUAAAUUGUGGCCAUCUUCAAUCAAAUUCUACACCACCUAACCCCAAUUAGAGAGUAUGACGAGUCCGUGUGAACUUGGUAGUACAUUAAGUAAUAUACUCACAUGAGGGAGAAAAACCUCAAUAUGGACGGAAAUUCAAACUAUCGACCGAAACCUCAGCCUCGGGGGUCAUAUAGACGAAGCCGUAUCAAGGACAGGGGGAGUAAGUCUUACAGUUCUUCAGAGGAAGAAGAGUUCCACUCUGAUGAUAAUCUCAGGCCGUAUGAAGAGGUCAAGGUCGCACAUCAUGACAAGAAGUUAAAUGGCUUGGGUUUGACUCCCAAUGAGCAUGACUUAAAAGACGAUUACCGAGGCAACUCCCACCUUAGUAACGGUCACCUUGGUAACGACAAGUCACGGUUGUAUAGUUACAUGAGUGGGUCAGACGGUGAUUUUGAUGACAUGGACCAGCCGUUGCAUCAUGCAUCGUUAAAUGUUCACCACCAGGGGUCUCAAUGCUCGAUCUCAUCCAAUGAGUUGGACAGCAAGCACAUACCAAGAACAGAAGCUGUGUCGCAGUUGUCUCUUUCGGACGAUUCCGACCAAGAAAACAUCAACCAUUCAAACUUACAUCAUCAACUAGCAGCAACAGCGCCCAUGUUGCCUCCCUGCUUACCCAACCCCCCACCACCUCCGCCUAUAGAAGACAUUCCACAGAGGACGCCGGUGUGUGUGGCUCGCCAGAGGUCUUUCGGCCCAUCACACAGAGGAAACUACUCCGACGCUGAAACGUGUUUAUGUAGUAGACAUUACGCAGAGUCGCAUAUAGCGGCCUUGCAACACAGGGGACAUUAUUCUGACCCGGAUAACCCCACGCGGGUACGGCAGUGUGCAUAUUCUGAAGGAGAAAGUGAUUUUGAGCCACAUUAUUUAGAACAAACAGCAUCAGGGAAUGUAUUUAUACCAGAUGGUCAUCCAAGAUUCCCAAGAACAGUGCCAAGGUCAGGGUCCGUGCCAAUGUCAAGGUCAGGGGAGAUGGUAGAUCCACAGGCAGUGUGGGUCCCACCUGGGUCUAAUACAGUUCCAGCCCACUUUUCAAACGGAGAUAAUCAAAACAUGAACCAUUUAGACAAUAGACACGCAUUUACGCAUACACACUUCGGCUGCCAACAGGGGGCACCCCCACCAGGGGUGGUUUACCCCCAACACAUGUCCCAGGACUAUUACUCCAAAUUCAGCAACACUAGUCACCGGAUGAAGGAGAAGUUGGAGAAGCGAUGCUCUUGGAAGUGGACAGCGGUCAUUCUCAUGGUCAUCUGUGUUAUCCUGCUAGCCUGUGCAGCAUGUUUUGGAGCCAUGUUGUUAUUUGAAGAAAAAGAGAUGGUAGCUACAGACAACGGUCAUAGUGCCUUGAAUUCUAGUCGGACAGGUACAAAAGUAAAUCCAAAUUUCCAAAAUCCUUUAUUAUUCCAAGUUGGAGACGUAAGACAGACAAAGAUACAACCACAGUCAUUCUGGACAAUGAAGUUUAUGCAGAAAGAACCAAAAUUUAUCAAGUUUAAUUUCUCAAUACCUGGAAGUGCAAUGCUUGGCUUUUAUGCUAGAAGACAUACCCCACCAACUAUAGCACAGUUUGAUUUCUUUGAGGUCUUUGACGGAAGUAAAAUCACGCCAUCUUCCAGAAACAAAAGAGCUGUAUCUAAGGACAAACGAAGCUACAACGGGAAAGAUACAGCAUUAAUUCACUACAUGGAGGAAGGCAAUUGGUAUGUGGCAGUGUUCAAUGACCGCAAUGAGCCGGAAUACAUCUCCUUCAAAACGGACGUCUACGAUACACUGGGCACUGAUUGCCCGAAUGACUGCCAUGGACAUGGGGAAUGUUUUAAAGGUCAAUGUCGCUGUUUCCCUGGAUAUGCUGGAUGGGACUGCUCACAAACCAAAUGUCCUGUCUUAUGUAAUGGAAACGGCUUGUACAUCCGCGGAACAUGUCGCUGUCACGAGGGAUGGAAGGGGCCAGAAUGUGAAAUCCCCAUCCACGAAUGUGAAGUCCCAAAUUGCAACGGAAAUGGAAAAUGUGUUAGUGGACAUUGUGUGUGUUUGCCUGGAUAUAAGGGGCCUCACUGCGGUCUAGUCGACUGUCUAGUCCCUAACUGCUCUGGUUACGGGGUCUGCCAUCUUGGGAACUGUGUUUGCCACAAAGGGUUUAAGGGUUCAGACUGUAGCCUUCCCGAUAAACUAAACAUCAGCCAAGUGUGUGCUCGUGACUGUUCAGGUCACGGCACAUACGACCUUGAGUCUGACACAUGCCUUUGUGAAAGGUUCUUCGCAGGGCCGGAUUGUGAGACAGAAAUAUGUCGCCUGGAGUGUUACCACGGACACUGUAUGAACCAGAAAUGUUUGUGCGACGAGGGUUGGGGAGGAGCCCUCUGCGACCAGCUUAGUUGUGAUGCACGAUGCGACGGACUACGCGGUAUCUGUGACAAUGGAACUUGCAUCUGUCGGAAAGGAUGGAACGGAGAUCACUGCACAUUAGACGGCUGUCCCAACUCCUGCAGUAACCAUGGAGACUGCCGCCAUUUCUCUCGUGGUUGGAUGUGUAGCUGUCACCAUGGGUGGAAAGGAGAGGACUGUGCAGUCACCAUGGAAAUGGUGUGUCAAGACGGUGAUGACAACGAUAGAGAUGGGCUGUCUGACUGUUUGGAUCCAGACUGUUGUCUAGAUUCUGCGUGCGAGGACAGUAAUUACUGUCAGAUGGCGCCAGAUCCUCUAGACAUCCUUCUCCGCAAACAACCUCCCAGCUCCACUGCCUCCUUUUAUGAGAAAAUGAGAUUCCUCAUAGAAGAAAACAGCGUCCAGAUUGAUACCUCUAGGAACGGACUCAGUGAAAGCCAAGUUUCCUUGAUCCGUGGACGAGUGAUGACCAAGGAUUUGACACCCCUCAUUGGUGUACGUGUCCACGUGGCACGACAGCCUCUUUAUGGAUACACUCUCACACGCAGGCGUGGACAGUUUGACAUUCUGGUGAACGGUGGUGGGUCUGUGACCUUGGAGUUCACACGACAGCCUUUCCAGUCCCACAGUACAAGUGUCCUAGUCCCAUGGAACCAGAUCCUCACUCUAAACACAGUCAUCAUGGUCCAACAGAUGGAGACCAACCUCCCACCGGAGCCGGUCGUCUGUGGCGUCAUGCAUGAUUACUACAACCUUCAGCCUGUCGUCCUGUCUACCUGGCAACACACCCAGCUCGGAGCAUGUCCAGAGAAGAGUACCAUCAUUCCAGAAUCACAAGUGGUACAGGAGAGCCUGGUCAUACCGUCCACCAACGUCCACUUAGUAUACCACAGCAGUGACACGCCUGGGUACAUGUCGGUCAUCCUCAUCCAGAUGACCCCGAGUGUCAUUCCUCCCAAUCUAGCUCUCGUCCACCUCAAAGUGUCUGUCCAAGGAAUCGACAUGGACAAGAUUUUCGAGGCUGAUCCCGGACUUAAGUAUACAUUUUCCUGGGACAGAAAGAAUGCUUUCCGACAGGAUGUGUAUGGGAUAGUCCCUGCCAGAGUCCAAGUUGGGUACCAGUACAGCGGUUGUAGCUUCGUCUACUGGGAGGUACGCAGUACAACGAUGAGUGGAUACGAUCUAGCUUCUUCUCAGAUAGGUGGAUGGAACAUUGAUAUACACCACACAUACAACUUCCAAGAAGGAAUUCUUCAUAAAGGGGACGGCACAAAUAUCUACCUCAAAGAAAAACCAAAAAAAUUGGUUAAUAUCCUUGGAAACGGUCAUCGGCGGAAACUUGAAUGUGAUUCCUGUAACGGACGUGCCCGUGACAACCGCCUGUUGGCCCCUGUAUCAUUGGCCAGUGGUCGGGAUGGUAGUCUGUAUGUAUGGGACCUUAACUACAUUAGAAAAGUCAGCCCCAGUCGAUACGACAUUGCCAGUAUUCUCAAGACCAGUACAAUCUCCACGUCCUACAAACCGUAUAUGACUGUCAGUCCAGUGGAUGGUCACUUAUAUGUAUCCGAUUACAUGAACCAUAGAGUGAUCAAGGUAGCCACCAUGGGACCAGUCCGCAUCCUGGACAGUAACUAUGUCAUCAUCGCGGGUAAUGGGGAGGAGUGUAUCCCUGGUGCGAUAGAUAGAUGUGGUGAUGGCAAACGAGCCAUCAAUGCCAGACUCAUCCAUCCUAAAGGCAUAGCCAUUAGCAAGGAAGGUGUGAUCUACAUCGCCGACAACCUGAACAUUCGCAUGGUAACCCCUGACAAGACUAUCCAUACACUGAUCGGCUCACAGGGUCAGCCACGAACCUGGGAACCCAUGUCUUGUGAGCACAGCCAACCAGCAGAAGAGAUCCGACUUCAGUGGCCUACUGAUCUGGCUAUCGACCCUCUAGACGACUCGCUCCACAUUCUCGACAAGAAUGUUAUCCUCAAGUUGACGAAGGAUGGAAGUCUAAUCACUGUUGCAGGACGUCCACUUAACUGUCCGUUUAGAAAAUCGAGCUUCCUACCAUCAGGUGUACUGAGUGACCAAGAACAAGCCUCAAACAUUGCGUCAGACAUCAAGCUUGUUGAUCCCCAGAGCAUCGCUUUCGGACCACAGGGUGAAAUGUAUAUCGUAGAGAGUGACCGUCACAGUAUAAACCGUGUGCGCGUGGUCACGAGCGAUGGCCGUAUACAUCACUUUGCUGGGACGAAAUCUAAAUGUGACUGUCAGACCAUCACCUGUAAAUGCUACGACUCUAAGGAGACGUUAGCUGCUCAGGCAUUGUUUAACGAGCUCACUUCAAUCACUGUCACCCCUGACGGAGUUGUACACAUCGCAGAUGCUGGAAAUCUGCGCGUGUUCUCGGUACUUUCAGAACUUCCUGAAGCAGACCAAAACACCAGACAGUAUGAAGUUGUUUCUCCUGAAACACAUGAGGUGUACAUAUUUAACAGCUAUGGUCAACAUCGUCACACAGUCAACAUCAUGACUGAUCAGUAUGUUUAUAACUUUACCUACAACGUCAAUUCAUUUUACGGGAAACUCAUCUCUAUUGACGAUGAUGUUGGCAACAAGAUCAAGAUCACUCUUGAUCGAGAAACCAUGGCAAGGGAAAUUAUUUCUCCUGACACCUCAAAAUGUGACUUGAUCAUGAACAACAUUCGGAAGCUGCGCAGUUUCCGUGCAAACAACUGGACAGCAACAUUCACCUAUUCCGAGAGUACUGAGCUUCUAACAUCCAAAUAUCUCUCCGAUGGGAAAGCCUACUCGUACAGCUAUAACAACCGAGGCCGACUUCUGGAGGUGCGCCAGCCAACAGGGGAGAUAACCACCCUCGCCACGGACGUCAACACCACAGGUUCCAUCGUCCGCAUCACCACUGAUAACAGUGAUGCGGUUGCUAUGGCUACAUAUGGCAGUGUGCAGUCAGUUAUGCAUGUUAUGACCGAAUCUGGAAAUGCGGAGACCAAGGUUACGUAUCUGCCAGAUGGUGCUGUGGUCGUUGUGUUCCCUAGCAACCUCUCCAUCUCCAUAGAGUCGGGCGGCCAUCCGAUUCUGGCCAAUGAGUACAGGAUGCAUUUCAAACGAAAAGUCAUUGCGCCCAAUAAACUUGUACAUAAGCUUGAAUGGCGUUACUAUCUGCGGCGCAAAGGUCGCACGCGGCAAAGUAAGGUGGUCGAAAGGAUCGGGCAUCGUAUGAGGGUAGGAGCUCCUUUCUCCUCAAGGCAUGCCAGAAUGCAUGACUCGCAUGAUGACGAUGAAGGAUCAUACAAAGGAAAAGCCCUUCUGAUCAACGGAGAAAAUUUGCUGACUGUUGAAUAUGAUCGGGAAACCCAUACAGAGAACAUCAUGGGGAAAAAUCUCCUUAAAAUUAUGUCAAUUUUGUACGAUGGAUCUGGACAGCCGACACAUAUACGUCCAAACAAUCGUCAUCACGGCAUGAAUAUUACGUACAGCAAAGAAGGGCGAAUAACUCACUGGCAGUAUGGAGAGAUACGAGAAGAUCUGAUCUACGAUGAGGAUGGCCUGCUGCGAGAGAAAUCUUCAUCCAGUGGAGGUGCCCAGUACAGAUUUAGUUACCGAGUCGGAAAAGUGCCGACAGACAUUAUCUUGCCCAACGGUCUACAGUACAUGAUGCAGUAUGACUCACAAGGAUAUUUGGUACGAGUUCGAACCCCAGGGCUCGGAGAGCACUUCUUCACACGCGUCAUGUCAGCAGGAAUUCAGCGAUUCUUGUAUCGAGUUCCAGAAUUGACAUUCCCCUACACAGAAGAAUAUGAUGGAAACGGAAAGCUACUUCAAAUUAUCUACCCCAGUGAGAGACGACGCAUAAUCUACCGGUACAACAAAUAUGCGCAGCUAAGUAAAGUCAUGUUUGAUGAGACGGAAAUAAACAUGGAGUACGAUCCACAAGUUUCCAAGGUUUCAGCCUCAGAAGUACUUAGCGGACCGUAUGAUUGUCGCGAGAGCUACUCUUAUACUGCUUCUUUAGUCAAAGAUUACACUGUAGAAUUCGCAAGAGAUCGCCGUCUGCUCGGAGUGAAGUUUUCUUACACCUAUGAUAAAAACUUUAGACUAAAAACCAUCAAUGGACAUUUCCGUGAGAAUUUGACUAGCAGUUCUGACAUGUCAUAUGAUGAAGAGACUGGUAAGCUCAGAACUCUCAAGACGCUUUCCAUGAAUUGGCCUCUUUUUGACAUCGAAAAAAUAACCGGAAACAAUAUGACAUUUAAUCGUGAGUAUGACAGCUAUGGCCGGCUAUCUAGUGUUAUAUAUAGAUUUGGAGAACAAGAACACUUCUCCCUACAGAUUGGAUACGAUCUAGAGAACCGUAUACACCACUGGAACUGUCAGAUCGGGGCGGCCACCACCAGGAAUAUGCAAUAUGUUUAUGAUAUUAAUGGCAAUGUGAUAGACGUGCUGUUGAAUGGCCAACCAACCUGGAGGUACGGUUACGACAACAACGGAAACAUCAAUAAGAUAACAGAGUACAGCCGAACCAGAAAUCUGGAAUAUGACAUUGGUGAUCGUAUCUCAAAAUCCGGCUCUAAACGUUUCCGAUUUGAUAAGGAUGGUUUCAUGGUCCAGAGGCAUGAUCAGCAUGUCGGAUUUAAUUCAAACGGUCAGCUGAUAUCUGUGUUCAAGACGGGAGAAUACCGAUACUUUUAUUUCUACGACGCGCAGGGUAGACUGGUCAUCGAGGAAGACGGUAGCGGCAAUGUGAACCAGUUUUAUUAUGGCGACGUCACUAAACCACAUAGAGUGACACAUACUUUCAACCAGAGUUCUGGGGACCUGACCCAAUAUCAGUAUGACUCCAAGGGUCAGUUACUGGCCCUGGAGCGUCAAAACACCCUCUACUACAUCGCUACAGAUCCCAUGGGAACUCCUCUGGCUGUUCUUAACUCGCACGGUCACAUUGUCAAACAACGUAGGUACGACCCUCUAGGACAACUGGAGUCUGACACAAAUCCAAACUUUGACGUGUGUUUCGGAUUCCAGGGUGGCUUGUAUAAUCCCAUGACACAACUUGUUUUGUUUGGAAAGCGAGUGUACGAUACGGAAAAUGGACAUUGGAUCUCGCCAGAUUAUUCCAGUCUGCUCAGGGACCUGAAUAAGAUUCCAUCCUCACCAAUGAUCACCAAUAACUACCAGUAUCACUACCCAAUCAACAUCCACACCCGCCAAAAACAGUUUCCCAUGCUUGCCAUUACAGACUGGCUUCUGAUGCUGGGGUAUGACUUACGGAGUCUGGCACCAGAUAUAUCCUACACCGGAGAAAUUCGUCCAGAAUCACACGACGCUAGUCGCCGUCUGCUUCCCAUGUCCUCAGCGUUCGAGUGUACAUUCCUUCGGGACAUGGACAGUUUACUCACCAUGACAACAGUUCCUAAAUCAAAAGUUUCACCGUUGCUGGGUCACUUUGACCUUCAGCCAACCCCUAGACCCUUCAUGCUAGGAUCAAAGGUGACCUUGUCAUUUGUGAAGGGUAAAGCUGUAAUUCAUAUGGCCGAAAAUACACCAAAAUGGGCAAAAAAAUUGGCUGAGAUUUUGGUGAAUGGUUCAGAGGUGAUAGACCUUAGAUAUAGUAUCCAUGGCAAAGAUAUUCACUACUUUAUAAAGACUGAUGCCUCCAAAGCUGAGGAGGACCUACGAUCACUGGAAAUUCACAGCACUUUUGUGCAGUAUGAGAAUUCCAUGAACAUCACUGUGAACCGGAUACAGCACAGUGAACGGUUCAGGCUUAGUCCACAUGCAGAGGUGGACAUUCGUAUCCAUGGGGUUGACUCUGUGAUAAAUAUUCGGUAUGGGACAACAUUUGAGAGAGAGCGCCAGAGAAUUCUGGGCCAUGCCAAAGAGCGUGCAGUGUUACACGCCUGGGAGAGGGAGAAGUGGGUGUUACAAAAUGGACUGACCACGCAGUACCGAUGGUCAGACAUGGAGAGACAACAAAUACUGACUAGUGGCUAUGCCGAUGGAUAUGAGGGGCAUUACAUACGUAGCCCUGAAUAUUUCCCCGAACUCUCGGACGACUGCAAUAAUAUCAGAUUUACAAAGAGCAGUAGGUAGCACACCAUCAUAACGACUCGUAACAUCUCUCAGAUGCUAAUAGUACUUACAAUAUUGAACGAGAUUUUUUUUGUUUUGUUCUUUAUUUUUUCCUACUUUUUCCGAGGAAGAAAAUCAAAUAUUUCCCAUGUAUUAAUUGAUGUGUUCAUGCACAACACGCGAGGAUCCCCAGAAUCAUCGUGUUAGUUUGGUGCUUAUAUGUGCUGCACAUAGCAUGGUGAAGUUGUGCUAGUGCUGAAAUCGUGUUCUGUUGCUCAGUGUUGUAAUAAGUGUCCAAGAAGAUUAUCAAUAAAUUGUGAUUCAAGAAUUCUUAUUUGACUGAGCUAUAAUAGUCACUUGACUUGUUGAUAAUCUUUGUGACAAACAAAAAACAAAUGUGAUUCUAGAGUUUCCUACACAGUGAAACACUUCAAUGUUAAAUGGCCAUGCAAAAGAGUAAAGUGCAAAAAACUUUAUGUCGUAUGGUAAAUCAAAUGUCAGUCGUGAGACAUAUGUAUGUGAAAUGGCAAAGUGAAUAGAAUGCUUGCAACUGUUGGAGAUACCUGAUAAUUACUGCUGAAAUUUGGCCUAGCAUGGUUUGUGCAAACAAGUUAGGGAAUAUUGCAUAGUGUUGACCUCCAAGAUGUAAAGGCCAUCAGAUAAGGGUGCUGACCUCCCAGAGGUCAAAGCCACUCAAUGUCAGGGCACUGGCCUCCCAAAGGUCAAGACCAUCAGAUGUCAGGAUGCUGCAUGACCUCCAAGAGGUCAAGGCCACUAGAUGUCAGGGUGCUGACCUCCCAUAGGUCAAGGCCACUAGAUGUAAUGGUGAAGGUGUUGCCAUACUAGUCAUACGAGAAUCAAAAAUGUUUAUGUUUAACCAAAAUACAGACCAAGUUAAUUUGUCCUGUGAUGGGGACCCCUGUUCAACAGGGACAGCUCCUGUACUGUUACAACUUGUGUACAUAUUGUAUCAUACUAAACUUAUGUGUUGGUCAAACAAAAUAUACGAUAGUGGUUCUGUGACAAUGCCAUUCCAAUGUAGUCAGCCAUAUUUGUUUUGACCUUCUAACAUUCAUCAUUCAUUGCGACUGUUUUUUUGUCAACUCCAAUGUUUUAUCCUCUGGUGAUGUGUUUAUUUAAAUCUCAAACUGAAUAUUUACCUUCAUAAUCUGUAUUACGAUAAGUUAAAAUAUGUUGCGUAUGUCUCGUGAUACAGCAUGCCAAAUUUGCUAGUUAAAAAUUUGCAAUAUCUUGAUAACAUUAAUUUAUUAAAUGUUUUUUCCUUAUUUCAUUAAACAGCAUUAUUUUUCUUUUAAACAUCUCAAUGAAGCUUAUUUUGAAACAUUGAUAUUUAGUUUUAAGAUUUAAGCAGAUGAAUGACUUUUAGAUCACAAAAUAUUUUUAAAGCACAACUUUGAAUUAAAGUUAAGAAGUUAACUUAUAGUAGAAGUAUGUGGUAUAUAUAAGGAAUGUAGCAGCUUUGUCAUCUGGAAUUCGAGCUGCAUGGAUUCUCAAAAAUCAAUAUAGUAAAUGUUGUUUAUUAUAUACUUGCAAUAUUAAAUUUCAUCCAUGUAUUUCAAUCACACAAUCUGCAGUCUCUGAAAUAGAGGGGGAAAGGUAUGUUGGUGUCAUUAUCGAGAGUAUAUCAGGAUGUUAGCAAUGAUUCGAGACUACAAUAUGUACUCGUCAAUGACCCAGUCAUUUAUCUAUAAAUGUAAGUUGUGACAUAUCACUCAUACACGUCAAGUCUGCAUUUUUAUCAAUAUCUCAUUUUCAUUGUGCCAAACAACACACUGUGCAGCCGCUCGUUUUCAUUCAUGUUUUAAUUUCACAAACUUUACAGGUUGCAAACGCAAAUUAUGAAAAGUAAGUACGUGAUAGAUAUUCAGACAUUUCUCAAUCAUAAUGAAUAGUUACCAUACAAAAAGUUGUGAAGUUUUAUACCCACGAAAACAAGCAGUUGCACAGUAGUACGUUAUAAGAUUUCAGUUCAGUCAUCGUAGGUGUUCAUUUUAGGCUGUAUAUUGACUGGCCAUUUCUUUAGUGUUUUGCUGAACAUGAAACUAGUCCCAAAAUAUGUCAUGUAAAUGGUGUAAAUAUAUGACAAAGCUGUUCCCAUAGCAAUAGUGAGCUGUGGCAUAUUGUGUAAACAUGCAUAUAUCGUACAUUGGACAGUUGUAUGUGGAGGUCUGAUGACAAGUUUUCUGUUUUUCGUCAGUGUGCUAAGGUUUAUCAGUUUGUGCUUAAUUAUGAUGCAAAAUGGUGAGAUUUUCUGGAAGAAUUUCAAACCUCGGAGAAUCACAAUUAUAAAAAAAAAUGUCAAUAAUUUGACAGCCUCAAAUGAGUAUUAAUCUUCGUCCUCAAUAGUCCUGGUGUUAACAGGUAAACUAUUUUAUUAUGCGUAUAUUUUUGUGUUAUUUACUUGCAAUGGCAUGUUUGGUCAAAGAAAAUUUUUCUUCUUGAAAAUAAUUUAAAUUUCAUUUUCAAUAAAAUACAACCUCUUCUGAGCUAUGUAAGAAAAUAUGAUAUACCGGGUAACGCCAAUUUACUUAUUUUUGGCAGAAACCAAACAAGUAGCUGUUCUGGAGCAAAAUGAAAGUUAUAUCCACAUAAAAAAAAAUUCAUUUAAUAAUGGAAGUAGCAAAUUAGUUUGAUAUUAAACGGUGGUUUUUCUCUGGCUUCACAUUCAAUAAAUUGUCACACAUCUUAUUACUGAUAUUAACCAUAAUUAUCAAUAAAUUGUCACAGAUCUUAUUACCGAUAUUAAUCAUAAUUAUGUGUAUACCGCUCAUGAUGCUUAAAGAUCAUUAUAUUAAUAAAAUUGUUAUACAUAUAAAAGUCAGGAUCAGCUGGCAAAAUCCAUGAAACAUAACAAUAGAAUCACUGAAGCAUAACAGUAGAAUUGCUGAAACAUAAAUAACACAAAUCACUGAUGCAUAACAUUAGUAUGUAGUGCUGUAUUUUACAAUGUUACUUUAAUUAUGUUUUAAUUUAUUUUUAUCAAAACUUUACCACUGUGUUUGAGAAUACAGAGAUGUUCUAGUACUAUGUCAUCACCCUGCCUGGCGUUGGGCUGGACCGUGUUCAUUGAUAGCCAUCGUUAACUGUUUGGGGAAUGGUUCUUAUAUGCAAUGGUAUGCAGCUCAUUUGAAUGUGAACUUUAACAUAAAUGAUGGUAUAUAAGGUUGUUCGUCCUGCUGCCUCUGUUCAUGGUGCUCACUAAAAGAACAAACAAACUUAUCCUUUAUCCACACAAAGAAAAUUAUCCCUGUAUACAGAAUGAGUUCCAAGUAUACAUUAUAAUGUAUCACUCUCUUGAUGUUCUUUGGUAAUUUGUAAUUCAUGACGGGAAAAUAAUAUUUCUUUAAACACAAAUCUUGUGUGAAACUGAUAUUGCUUAAAAUUAAAAUUAAAGAAAUAUUUUCAAAAGUUAACUAACAAAUUUAUUUGCCAAUUAUGUGAGCAAGAGGUAGCAGGAUGAUGAUAAACUUUUUUGUAGCAGUAUUCAUACAUAAUAUAUGUUGUAAGACGAAGCACCAACACUUAUGCCCCUGUGUUAACAGUAGUGUAUUGUUCUUCCUAACAAAGCUGAUAAAUGAAGGGUAAAGAUAACAUAUGAUACCUCUAUAUAUGUUGUGGAUAACAAUUAGCGGCUAUAUUUUUGUUUAAAUCUUUUUAAAAUUGGGGUAAAGGGAGAUUUUUGAUUUUCAACAAGGGAGGUAACUCCCACAGAAUGUUGAAUCCAUAGGUGAGGUGUGAAAGUAGAUGGAUAUUUUAUGAUUUGUUUACAAUGACGUUAUUUCAUCCUUAAUUUCAUACAAGAUAAAUUAUUUUGAGAGUUUUAGCGAUGGUAAGUUUUGAUUCUAUUCAUAAUUGGUGCCAUAAUAUUUUUAUAGAUUUGUUCGGUUUUUGUGGAUGAAUUUCCAGCAAGAUAUAAUGUACAUUGUAUCCAUGGUUCCAAACCCACUAAAUGACGAAAUGAACAGUACAGCCGUGACAUUCUGAUAUUAUGCUAGCUGUGUUGAUGCUGAGAGUUACCGCUUGUUUCAAUGUUUUUUGGGGUUUUUUUUUUUAGCUUGCCUUGUAUGCUAUUUUACCUUCAGCAUUAAAGUGGUUUUCUUUCUUUUUAAUAUUAUUUUGAUUAAAUCUGAUUAGUUUGAAUAACAUACUCAAUAGAAGAAAAUAAAAAACGAAAAGAAAGUUUUCAAAAAUCUAUUAAACCUCCUUAAUUAUAUCAUGCAAUUUAAUGAGAAAUAUCAAAAUAUUUGUAAUUUGUUCUUCAUAUUUUUAGAAAUGAUUGCGAAGAUGUUUUUUUUUUUUUUUUUUUUUGUGAAACCUACUUACAGUAUAUAUAUAUAUAUAUGUUGCUGUGAGAAUUUGGUAGCAGUCAUUAGUAAUACUGUAUGACUGCAGCCAUGGAUAUUGUGGCUACAAUUCUGUAUACAGUGUAUGUAUACAUCCUGGCUGGUGCCGACAAAAAUUGUGGCUACAAUUCUGUAUACCAGGGAAUGUACAAGUCCUGGCUGGUGCCCUGAGAAUUGUGGCUACACUUCUGUUAUGCGUAAUGGCUGGAUGCUGUGAGAAUUGUAGCAGGAAGUUUGGCAUUGGCUGAACGUUAGGUUAUCUAUUAUAUAUAUAUAUAUAUAUAUGCAAUUGCGUUCUGAAGGUAGGACAUGUGUCCCAGUGUGUAUGGUGAGGUUGAGAGUUCACUGUCUUGUGUUGAUAUGUCAUUCAUCUCGUACUAGUAAACAACUUAUCAAAAACUAUCUUUAAACACCAUAAAUUUUCUAUUUAAAAUGUAAAGAAGAAAAAUAAAACAAAAAAUAUAAUAUCA